AACUUGGCUAUCAGUUAUUCAGAGGUUAGAGAAUCUGAAAGUAAGGCUCACUCUCAAGCUGAAAUACUAAAAAAUGCUUUGGAUGAGCAUAGCCUAGAGUUGAGAGUAAAAGCUGCUAAUGAAGCUGAAGCUGCUUGUGAACAAAGGCUUUCUGCCGCUGAAGCUGAAAUAGAGGACUUGAGGGCCAAGCUGGAUACGUCUGAGAGGGGUAUUUUGGAGCUAACUGAGGCUAUUAAAGUUAAAGAAGCUGAGGCAGAGGCAUAUAUAUCUGAAAUUGAGACUAUUGGUCAAGCAUAUGAAGAUAUGCAGACACAGAACCAAAAUCUGUUGGACCAGGUGAUUGAGAGGGAUGACUAUAAUAUUAAGCUUGUAUCAGAUAGCGUGAAGGCAAAACAGGCCUACAACACUCUAUUGACCCAGAAACAGGCCUUAGCUAAACAACUUCAACAACUAAAUACUUCAAUAGAAAAUUCAAAAGCGAGGAUUGCACAUAGUGAAGAACAGAUGAAAAGCAUUCUAUCUGAAGCCAUUAAGUGUAAUCAAGAAGAAAAACACCUUGCGGUCACCCUGGAAUUUGCAAGGUGGGAAUUGGCAGAUGCCGAGAAGGAAUUGAAGCUGCUCAAGUCUUCUGUUUCCUCUUCAGAGAAAGAGUACGAUCAAAUUCAGAAAGACACGGAAGCUAUUGAAAUGGAAUUGGAGAGUGAAAGGAGUUCAAGGAAGAAGCUAGAGGAAGAAUUAAGGGAAUUGAACAGCCAAAUUGCUGAGCUGACUUCUGAAACUGGAGAAACCACAAUACAAAAACUUGAAAAAGAAAUAAGGAUAUGCAAGAACAUGAUCAAGUGUACUGUCUGCACUGAUCGUCCUAAGGAGGUUGUGAUUGUCAAAUGCUAUCAUUUGUUCUGCAAUCCAUGCAUUCAGAGAAAUCUAGAGCUUCGGCACCGCAAAUGUCCUGCAUGUGGAACAGCAUUUGGACAGAGUGAUGUCCGUUUUGUAAAGAUAUGAGACAGAUGUUUAGAUAACUUGUAGAUAGGAGUUGAUUUUAUUGUUUUGGUUCCUUGGUUCCUACUGUUUGUCAUUGUUACCUUCAUUAUAUAGGUUCAAACAAGCAUUCCUACCUCAUGAGCAAUUAAUAUAUGCAUUAGAGAAUUCACUUUUUGUUG